UUCGCGCACACACACACGCUCUCUCUCUCUCAGCAUUAUGUAUAGAUAACAUACACAGACACAGAUAUCAGAUAUCAGAUAUCAGAUACAGAUACAGUGUGCUUGUAUGGAGAGAGAGAGAGAGGAAGUUUGUGUUGUGACGGAAUAUAAAACCAAAAAGCUUCUGCACUGUACGUCUUUUCAUCUGCUUGCCUCUUUUGAGUUGUGUGUCUCUCUCUCUCUCUCUCUUAUUAAUUAGACAUUGUCACUGUAUAGUUGGUGAGCAGAUACAGAAAGGAACAUACAUAUAGAUAUACGUAUAUAUAUAGAGAGAGAGAUCAUUUGGUAGUUGUUAGAGAGAGAAAGCGUGAGAGUUUUGGAUGGGGACGUCGGGGCAGGGGCAGAGCAACUACGAUCUGUCGUUUAAGAUCUUGCUCAUCGGAGAUUCAGCUGUCGGCAAGAGCAGCUUACUCGUCAGUUUCAUCUCUAACGUAGUUGACGAUCUUGCCCCUACCAUUGGUGUUGACUUUAAGAUAAAGCUGCUCGCAGUUGGAGGUAAAAGACUAAAGCUUACAAUUUGGGACACAGCUGGACAAGAGAGGUUCAGGACGUUGACAAGCUCAUAUUAUAGAGGUGCCCAGGGGAUCGUUCUCGUUUAUGAUGUGACAAAGAGAGAUACUUUCACAAACUUAUCUGAUGUGUGGGCGAAAGAACUGGAAUUAUACUCAACCAAUCAGGAUUGCAUUAGGAUGCUCGUUGGAAAUAAAGUUGAUAGAGAAUCUGAACGAGUUGUGAGUAGAGAAGAAGGGAUGGCCCUAGCUGAAGAGCUUGGAUGUUUAUUUCUUGAAUGUAGUGCUAAAACCCGAGAAAAUGUGGAGCAAUGUUUUGAAGAGCUUGCUUUGAAGAUAAUGGAAAUGCCCAGACUCAUUGAAAAAGGUUCGACGGUUUUGAAGAGAAAUAUCUCAAAACAGAAGCAAGAACAUCAGAGACCUCCUACCGGUGGUUGUUGCUCAUAAUCCCCGUUAGUAGAGGCCAAAUGUCAAACUAGACAUCACACGCAUUCCAAUGGAGAGAGAGUUUUCACCUAAAUUCAUACAAUGUGUAAAUGAUAGUCUAUUCCAGUUUUGCCCUGCUUCUGUUAUUCUUGAGUUGCCUCAGGUACAUGUCCUACCACCGUUUUUGCUGCUGCUGCUUCCAGUAAAAUCUGAAUGCUCGUGUAAAGUUUGUUUCUUGUUCCUGUAUUUUAUUGAGAAUCCACCUAAAUUCUUAGAAAAAUGCUAGGUGUUUUUUUCCUCACCUAAUUGUUAUUAUACUGUGUUAUCUGCUUAUCAAAGUCAAGAUUUUUCUGUUUGUUA